UACGUCAUCUGUCAAAAUACGCAAAUCUCGAGGCAGUCGGCACUUCACAUAACAACAAAACUAUUUAUUUUAAAAUCACAUAAAAUUCGCCAAAUUUUCAACUCAAAAUGCUGAACAUCAUCCGGCGUGGCAUCAGCACAUCGGCCGCCGUUGCUGGUAAGCACAACUUCCGCAAAUUCCUGCUCUACAACAAGCGGGGAACGCGCAUUUUCAAGCAGCUUCGAGCCGCCAAUCCGGAACAGUAUCCGGACAUGCCGAUCGACAAGCGCGGAGUGCGAGAUACGGGAGUGACCAGGGAUGGGAAAUACCACGAGAUUGCGGAGAAAAUUCCCGAACUGAUAGUGCCUAACCUGGACGGGUGCAAGUUCAAGCCCUACGUUUCCUAUCGGGCACCGGAGGUCAUCCAGUCGGAAUUCACGAGCCAAGAUCUGUUCAAUGCAGUUUAUGCCCAGAAGGUGAUAGAUGAUUUUAAGAGCGGCAAUUUGAAUGAGGACGGAACCCCCAAGGAACCGUCGGAGGUGGAAAAGCUCACCCCGGAAGAAGCUUGGAUUCGCGCGAGGAAAUCCGGAUCGGAUAUGUUCUGAGAUGGUCUGUAAAAAAUAUAGUUUAGAAUGUUGAAUAUA